AUGCGGUCACAGGGUACGAAAACCUUAAGUAAGAAAGGAGCUUUGGUAAAAACAUCUUUCAAGGGAAAUUCGGCUUCUAAGUCUACCAAGAAAAAAGUAGUUACAACGAAAAAGGCAAGAAAUCUUCAAAAGAUUAUUUUAAAGAGCUCUAAGAAAAAUACAUUAAAAGAUGAGGCUUCCGAUUCAAAGAGCGAUUCAAAUCCUACUAUUGGUGAAAGCGAACUUUCAUUGGAUGCAGCUAAAACCGAAACGCCCAAUUCUAGUCAAUCCAGAAGUAACUCGCCAGCAAAAAAGGUCAAAAAGGAAUCGAAAGAAAAGAAAGAUACGGUUAAAACUACCGCUAUCCACGUUAAUGCAAAAACAUUUUUAACAAAAAAAUGUGUAAGAACGCCAAAAUCAAAGUCAAAAUCGGUGAAUAAAACUGCAAAAGUCGAAAAAAAUAUUGAUAAUGUAAAGUACAAAAUUAAUUUAGAAGCAGCCAAAAAAAGUUGUUCUCAGAAAACCUCAAAAGUUAAACCAGUAAGCAAGAAAGGGCUUAGUCCAAAAAAGAAAGGUGCAAAUGGAACAAAAGCAGAAGCAAACGUAAAGGAAAAGUCAAUUGAUGAAAAUAAAAACAAAGAUGAGAACCUAGGUGACAACAAUGACAAGCAAGAUUCACCUGAAAGCGGUGAACCAACCCCCAAUAAUUCAAAUGAAAUGAAAGAUGAAAGCAAGCCACCAGGUGGUGAAAACAAAGGUAUUAAUGACAACUCUGCCGUAAAUACCUCUUCAUCUAGUACUUCAUCUGGAAACCAAUCAGAAACGCCCAAAGUUGAAACCGAACGUCCUCUUAAAUUUUUUACAUCGAAUCGGUCUCCAAGGACUGUGGACAUAGACGUUAAAUGUUGUAAAUAUUCUAAAGGCAACUUAAGCGUAUCUGAAAGAUUCCUGACGAUGAAAUGUGACACUAAAAAUGAUGAUUAUAACAAAGAAAAAAAUUCAUCGAACAAUUUAGUAUCUCAAGGAGCCGAGAUUGAUGUUUAUACGUUUACCGAAAAGGUAGACUCACCAAAAAGCAUUUUGUCUGAUUUUCGUAAUCCUAAUAACAAAAGCAUAGGCAGAGUAAGGCCCAUAGCUCGAGUUAAAGGGACUGUUAUUGAUAAAAAGACCGACUCAGAAAGAAAAAAAUACUCUCCUCAUAGACCUAUUGAAGAAGUAGUUAAACAGCUUAAAGCUAACAAACGUUCAGACGAUAUAACUUCGAAUCAGAAGCAGUGUGGUGAACCGAAUUCUAAUUUAGAGUCAUUUAAUAAAGAAAAAGAAUUAGAUGAUAAACCACAACCUAUAGUCAGCAAGUCGUACAAAAUGGUUGCUCGUAAAUCGAGUAUCACCGGGAAACCUUUCAGUCCAAUUAAAUUUUUUGAACAAGAUUCUUGUACGUCUCCUAAGACCGAGGAUUCACCUUCAUUGGUAAAAGUAAAUACAACGAAAAAGCCCCUUAUUAAAAAACAACAGAAGAAAAGUCCUUUACUUGAUGAAGAUAUAGAUAGUUCUAAAUUUUCAAUAAAUAAAAAAUCCUUUCAUUAUACCUCAUCGGAAGAAAGUUUAAAUGAGUCUAACGAUGAUAAUGAAUCAAAGGAAUCUUCGGGGUCUGAUAAACCUAAAACGAAAAAGACAAAAAAUAAGAAAUUUAAACGGAUCAUGGACAGCCAGAAAAAGUCCACAUCAAAAGAAUUAAAAGAACUAUCUAAAGAUUCGCUGACUGAUCUUAAAGAUAACUUUGCUUUUUUAUGUACCGAAAAGCCAAGCAAAAGAAGAUUAAAGUUGUUGUCUAUGUGGGCUGGGCCCAAAAAACACAGAAUGGCAUCCCUAAAUGCUAUAGCAAAAGUUCAUUGUUUAUAUGAAAAUGAAAGUCGAACUCAUAUGGAAUUAGGUUUGAUGAAGACCGUAGACCGACAAGCAAUACCGAGUACGUCGAAAACGACAUCGAUAAAAAAGAAAGACUGUAAGUCCAAAGAAACAGAAAAACAAGAAAGCACUUCUGAGUCUGAAUAUGAAGUUAAGAAAGACAAAAAACAGGAAAGUUCUGAAAGCUCUGACGAUAAUCUUCCACAAAGGACUCUACGUGGAGUACCAGGUAUUAGAAGUGCAGGUAAAUAUUGGGAUCCAAAAUCAUGUACAUCUUCCAGCGAGGAAAGCGAGCUUGAAUUAAAAACAAAAAGUAAUGCUCCAGAGAAAAAGAAAAAUGUUACUAAAAUUGCUGCUUCUAAACCAGAUAACGAAAAACCUCUACCAAAAAUGAAAAAGACAACAGGUGUACCAGUUAAAAAGAAACGUAAUAGAAAUGAAGUGGUUAUGGACCUAAAAGACAUGGUGGUACAAAAACGUAUGGCUAGUUUGAAUGCCACUGCUAUUUUGGCAGCGAGCUAUGAAAAGCGUUCUCCUAAAUCCAGUAAAGACGAUACAACUUCGGAUUCGUGUAGCGAUGAAUCUUUUACACAUAAAUCAAAAAACGAAUCCUGUACCGGCGUAAAGUCGGAGAUAAAAAACGAAGACACUAAGAAAGAAAAUGAAGAGAGUACGGUGGGGGAUAAGAAACAAAAAGUGGAAGUAAUAGUCAAUCAAGAUACUGAUGUUACAAUAACGGGGGUAUAUUCGACGCACCACCAUGAAGGCUUUUGUACUGUUUCUGGAAUGCAAUACCGAAUUUCUUCUACGAGUCACACGCAGACAACAGCAACGGCUAAUUGUGAAAAGGAGGGAUGUCCUCGCGAAGAAGGAUCGCGGUACACGCCUUUAUCUGCUUUAUCGUCAAUGCAACCCCCAGCGGAGCAUACACAUCCACAUCCACAUCCCGUGCCAGAGAUAGGCGGCCUUGGCCGUCGUACUGGAUGUUCCAGCGCGUUCUCUGCACCUUCGCCGUCUGCUCAUCAUGAUCCAGGUAUUUCAGAUUAA